AAGUUGGAAGAGUGUGUUAGGCCGCAGAGAAGCAGCAGUAUGUUUUUUUUUUCUCUGAUGGCAGUAUAUUCGGCUAGAUAGCAAAAAGUCCGUGGUCGUCGUCGUCGUCGCAGCCAAAAGGUCCUACUUUGAGUAGUAAAAUCUCGGCCGUUCGAAAAUGACGUGUUUACUGUGAGGUGCGAGCGAGGUGUGAUGUGAAGCAGACAGCCGCUACUAACGAGUGAAUUUUCGGUUGAGUUUUUGAGGUCCUUGCCAUUAGUGACUGGCACCCACUGGGAGUGGCGAACUAUAGUCGUCUUGUGUAUACGCGUCAAGUGUUCAAAAGUGAGCCGAGCAAACUGUUGCGCACUGCAGUCCGUGAAACGUGUGCCAAAAUUCAGUGACUGGAGAACCGGGUUCCGUGUGUGUGGGGGUGCCGAGGCGACGAGCAUAGUGCGGUACGAUAUCAGUAAUGAUAGGUUGUAAAUUUUAGUGACGAAACAAAUUGUGCUUUUUUACCAUUAGGAAACCAAUUGUGCUAGUGUUUUUACUAAUUCUAAAUCCAAUGUGAAUGUGAAAAUCCGAAUUUCGUGUAAUCCAAAUUACCGGUGUCAAAAUUGCUGAGUCACAUCUCGGGGAAGUGCGUCGACAAAUCAAAAGUGCUUAAUAAAUCCCCCGAAAAAAAGGAAAAAAAUAUUACAAAAUUCGGCAAGUGAAUAGCUUAGGCAGAAAAGCUGACGGAGCAAAAUGUCGUUUCGUGUUGUGAGAAGUUCAAAAUUUCGACAUGUUUACGGCCAGGCGCUAAAACGGGAGCAGUGCUACGACAACAUCAGAGUCUCCAAGAGCAGCUGGGACUCGACGUUCUGUGCGGUUAAUCCAAAGUUCCUGGCCAUCAUCGUCGAGUCGGCCGGCGGAGGUGCCUUCAUCGUGCUGCCACACAAUAAGGUUGGACGGAUUGCAGCUGACCAUGCACUAGUAGGAGGACACAAAGGACCUGUAUUAGAUAUAGCGUGGUGUCCACACAAUGAUAAUGUGAUCGCUUCCGGAUCAGAAGACUGUGUCGUUAAGGUAUGGCAAAUACCAGACGGUGGACUAACACGAACCAUAACCGAGCCUGUGGUGGAUCUGGUGUACCACCAGCGACGAGUAGGUCUAGUGUUAUGGCACCCGUCGGCCCUGAACGUCCUCCUCACGGCCGGAUCAGAUAACCUGAUCGUGAUCUGGAACGUCGGCACAGGUGAAGUGUUGGUGCGGAUCGAAUGCCACCCGGACACGAUCUACAGCGCGUGCUGGAACUGGGACGGAUCGCAACUGGUGACCACAUGUAAGGAUAAGAAAAUUCGCAUACUCAAUCCCCGGUCGGGUGAACUCCUAACCGAGGCUAUUGCACACGAAGGAUCGAAGGCGACACGUGCAAUAUUUUUACGACACGGACUCAUUUUUACGACUGGCUUCAAUCGAUCCUCUGAACGACAGUAUUCUCUACGAGCGCCGGACGCUUUGGGUGACCCUAUUGUAAUGGUGGACCUAGACACAUCGAACGGUGUGAUGUUCCCACUGUACGACCCGGACACGAAUCUGAUCUACUUGUGCGGCAAAGGCGAUUCAGUCAUCCGUUACUUCGAAGUGACACCAGAGCAACCAUUUGUGCAUUACAUCAAUCAGUUCCAGACACCAGACUCCCAACGAGCCAUCGGUAUGAUGCCCAAGCGAGGGUGUGACGUCAGCACUUGUGAACUGGCGCGAUUCUACCGACUCAACAACAGUGGCCUGUGCCAGGUGAUCUCAAUGAUUGUGCCUCGAAAGAGCGAACUCUUCCAGGAGGAUCUCUAUCCGGAUACGCUCGCCGAUGAGGCGUCCAUAUCGGCGGAAGAUUGGAUCUCCGGCUCGGAUGCAGAUCCACAGCUAGUAUCACUCAAAGAUCGUGUUUUCGUUGAAAAGGGUGGAUAUGUGUCGCAAUCCCAGAGCACUCAGCUGACGGUGACGAAGAAGUCCAACGUCCUGGAUAAGAUGCCACCUCGAGGACCAAAGGGCUCCCCGGUAGGGGGAGCAGCCGCCUCCACGACACCGUCGGCAACCUCCAACGGAUCCGCCAGUGCUUCCAACGGAACGUCGCAAUCGAACGCACCUGUCAGCACGGCCACCAACGCCGCCAGUCAGCCACCGGAGCCAAUAGUCAUUAGUGGGGUUUCGGAACAAGCAUUGACCGACCUGCGUACCAAAUUUGAGGACGAAUUCCGGAAGCUAAAGGCAAUCAUCGUGAAGCAUGAAAAUCGCAUCCGCUCCCUGGAGGCCACCGUGAAAGCCAUGGCCGACCGGGGACUGACCGAACCGGAUGCGCCCCUGCUCAACACCUCAACGCCUUCACCCACCAUCGUCGGAGCGAACCAAUCGGUGUCCAAUGCGCACGAUGACCAGCACGGCGAUGGUGGUGGCCACUACACCAGCACGAACCUAGCCCCGGACGAAGUGUAGAUAUGUAGAGCAAACAAAAGUUGCACUCAGUCAAGAGCACACAACCUGAACAAACCAACUGGAAUACUGGCAUACUCAAGCAGUGGAUGUACUAGGUACUGGCAAAGCAAGCAAACUACUACAUACAUGAUUACGAUUGAUGCAUGCGAAACUACAUUUACAAACGUGUAAUAACUGCGGCUUAGAACAGGAAACAGAUGCAUGCACGAACACAAGCAAAGAGGAAAACGCGAGCGCUCAAACAAAAAGUUUUUAAUAUUAUUUUUAAAAUAAUAUAUAAAGUAAAACAAAUCGUGUGAAACAGAAGAAUAUUUAUUUGUGUUGAUUUUUAUUGCAAAAGAAAAAAAAACUGAGAGAAACAAAGAUUGUGGUAUCAUCCGAACUCUUAUCGAUUGUGGAGAAUGAAAACAAAAAAUGCCUUGUUGCUUGAAGCUAAAACAACAUACUUAAGAUAGAAAACGAAAAAGCCUAUAUUUAAUUAAGUGGAACUAAAUCAAACAAAAACAACUAAACCUUUGUAAAUUUAAUAUCAGAAGCAGGAGACACUUAUUAUAAAUUUACUUUUAUUAGAAAGUC